GUAGCUCCUUCCUCUGACCUUGGCUACAGAGUGAUGGAGAAGGAGGACAGAGCGCGACAGUGUGCGUGCGUGAGCGCGAGCGAGGUGAGGGGGAGCGCGCAGCGGACCUAAUUCCAGCACUGCAGCUGUACUGUAUAUGACACCAGAGUAAAUGUGACUCCGGUGGCGGCUACAUCCACUUGGACACUUGCCCGCGAGGUGGAGCAAAGGAAGAAUGUCAGCAUCAUGGGGAGAACCAGAACGAUGGCCUGUGUCUGGUCCCUUCCAAAGGUGAGCUGACUCCUGCAGACAUGGGAGACUGACAGCCAGACGUGUGUCACGCGCACGCCCUCUUCGAUGCCUUCGUGCAGGCGGCCACCUGCAGAGAGACGCUUAAAGCGUUUCAAGAACUGUGCGCCGAACUCGAUCUUCAUCCAGACGGGCAGCCUCAAUUCUACCACACCCUGAGGAACAGACUGCACUACUGGAAAGCCAAAGCAUUAUGGGCCAAACUGGACAAACGUGUCGGCCAAAAAGAGUACAUGAGAGGCCAUGCCUGCGCCAACACCACGUGUCUGAUCAUUGGAGCGGGGCCGUGUGGGUUGCGGACGGCUAUCGAGUUGGCUUUCUUGGGUGCCAGGGUGGUUUUAGUGGAAAAGAGAGACGCUUUCUCGAGGAACAACGUUCUGCACCUCUGGCCCUUCACCAUUCAGGACCUCCGGGGUCUCGGGGCCAAAAAGUUUUACGGAAAGUUCUGUGCCGGAGCCAUAGACCACAUUAGUAUUCGUCGGCUGCAGCUGAUGCUACUAAAAGUGGCCUUGUUGUUGGGGAUUGAGGUUCACGUGAACGUGGAGUUCAAACAUCUGUUGGAACCUCCGGAGAACCAGGAGAAUCAAAAGGUUGGCUGGAGAGCAGAGGUCCACCCUUCACCUCAUCCAGUCAGACAGCUGGAGUUCGAUGUAGUUAUCGGAGCGGAUGGGAGAAGAAACACAUUACCAGGAUUUCGCAGGAAAGAGUUUCGGGGAAAACUGGCUAUUGCCAUCACGGCAAAUUUCAUCAAUCGCAACACGACCGCUGAAGCUAAAGUGGAGGAGAUCAGCGGCGUGGCCUUUAUCUUCAACCAGAAGUUCUUCCAAGACCUGCGCAAAGCCACAGGAAUUGAUCUGGAGAAUAUAGUAUACUAUAAAGACGACACUCACUACUUCGUCAUGACGGCCAAAAAGCAAAGUCUUCUGGACAAAGGAGUCAUACUGCGCGAUUACGCAGACACAGAGAUGUUACUGUCAAGGCAGAACGUGGACCAGAAUGCACUGCUCUCCUACGCCCGCGAGGCAGCGGACUUCUCGACCAAUCAGCAGCUCCCUACCCUGGAUUUUGCCAUAAACCACUAUGGACAGCCAGACGUGGCUAUGUUUGACUUCACCUGCAUGUACGCAUCAGAAAACGCGGCGAUGGUGCGACAGCGUAGGGGACAGGCCUUGCUGGUUGCUUUGGUGGGAGACAGUUUACUGGAGCCAUUCUGGCCAAUGGGAACCGGAAUUGCUCGGGGCUUCCUGGCAGCCAUGGAUACGGCGUGGAUGGUGCGCAGCUGGGGUCAAGGCCACGCCCCUUUAGAGGUUCUGGCUGAGAGAGAGAGCGUGUAUCGGUUACUUCCGCAGACAACACCAGAGAACGUCAGUAAGAACUACAGUCAGUAUCGUCUGGAUCCAGCUAGUCGCUAUCCCAACAUCAAUGUGCAACUCAUCAAUGCUGCUCAGGUGAGGCAUCUCGUAGACACGGGCGAGGGUCCCGUUUUGGGCAUGGAUACGGUCAGCUCUCCACACCCGAGACUUACACGACAAGAGUCAACAGCCCGUUACGGUAAGCUGCUAAGCUGGUGUCAGGAGCAGCUGAAGGGUUACGCCAGCGUGCGUGUGAGCGAUUUCACAACGUCCUGGAGGAGUGGCUUGGCCCUGUGCGCCCUCAUCCACAGAUACAGACCUGACCUCAUUGGGUUUGCGUCUCUGAAGGAGAGCGAGGCGGAGCUCAACGGUCAGUUGGGUAUGAAUGUGGCCGAGCAGGAGUUUGGUAUUUGUCCUAUAAUGACCGGCAAAGAGAUGAGCACUUUAGAAGAGAGCGACUCUCUCUGUAUGAUCAUGUACCUCAGUCAACUCCACGAGCUCCUUAAAGACACAGCGCCACCUAGUGAGAGCUCGAGCUCGGAAGAGAAAGCCGUUGUGUUCUCCAGCCCCAGGUCACCCAUCUCUCUCCUCAGCAAACUGGGACAGAGUCUGUCCCGCAAGCGCAAUCCUAAGGAUAAGAAAGAGAAGGAUACAGACAGCGUUGGGAAAAGGAGACGGACAAGCGAAGCGGACCAAUCAGAGGAUGAGGACAUUCCUCACGAUACCAAUGAUGAUCAGACUCCAGUGGUGACAUCCGGGUCAGAGUCAAAGGCGCUUGAGGGUCACAGCAGGGUUCGGUCCAUGGCGACGCUACUGCUGUCUAAAUUCGAGGAAAGCGCCCCGGCGACAUCAGCCAACGCUAUUCGCAGACAGAGCUACAUUCAGAUGUAUACGGGCGGAGUGAGCUCAUUGGCUCAGCAGAUAGCCAAUCAGAUUCAGAGUCAGACGGAUCAAGCUCCCAAGCUCCUUCACAGGAGGGAGUUGGGAUCUCAGACGAAGGAGUUUCCUGUGACUGUGGGCGGCAGUGACGUGUGUUAUUUCUGCGCGCGGCGUGUGUAUGUGAUGGAGAGGCUGAGCGCGGAAGGAAAGUUCUUCCACAGGAGUUGCUUCCAGUGUGAUCACUGCAGUUCCACAUUGCGCCUCUCCAACUACGCCCACGAUCAGCUACACGGGAAGUUUUACUGUAAGCACCACUUCACCUUCAGACCCGCUGGACUGACUCAGAGAAAGCGACCGGCCCAGAUGCCUGUUCAGGCCGCCCCUGCACCAUCUUCAGCUUCCACGUCUCUGUCCUCACCGGGGUCUGUGGGCACGGCGACUCCUCCAGACUGCUGGUCCGGUACCCGCUCAGACAUGGCAUCAAGCCUGGCCAAGCGAUUGUGUGGCACACCGGAGCGCAUCGAGCUGGAGAACUACAAACCCUGCCUGCAAACAGAGAACAACCCACUGCAGGAGGUUCCCGAGGAGACGCUGGCACAGCACAACCUCAGCGCCAGCCUGCAGGACAAGAACUCGGAGGAGCAGUCCAGUAGCUCAGAGUCGGAGCUGGAGGAGGAGGAGACAAACAGCAGGACCAAUGGAGAGGGUGUGUUAGACUCGGGGGAGGGACUAAAGAAAAAAGAGGGAGGUCAGAUAAGACAGGAGGACGAGGAAGAGGAGGAGGAAGAAGAGGAGGUGGAGGAGCAGGAGGGAGGUUCUAGUGAUGAGGGCGAGUACUGCCCUUGGGAGAGGGAGCGGCUCUCAGGGGUGUGGCUUGAGGAAGAGGAGGCGGGGUUUGUUGAAGAGACCUGCAGUGAUGAACAGGAUUUAGACACCAACUCAGACGGAGUCUCCAAAGCAUGUGACCCACAUGAACAGGAAGAGUCCAUUCCAUUCCACCAAUCACCUGCAGAGUCUCCACCCACCCAUAAACAAACUAAAGCGCCUGAUACCGACUCAGGCCCCACACACAUUUCCACAUCCAAAUCCGAAACGGCCCUUGAGAACCCGUCCGUCAAGACAUCAGAGAUCAUAGAGGAGUUCUGGCUGAAAAGUGCUGAGAUCCGGAAGACUUUAGGCCUGACUCCGGUGUCCAGAGACCCGACGACAGCUUCCUCCACCCAAAAAUCCACCAGUAAAGAAAGCUUUUACACCUCGGUCACAUUCAUACCGUCCUGCAAUACCUCUGCCAUCCAAACGCCAAAAAGCAGGGAGUCUCCAGAUGGCGAGGCAGACGUCCCAUUACAAGAGGCUUUAGGUCGCUGCUCUGUAAGACACAGGCUCAGCAUCACUGUGGAGGGUUGUGUGACAGCUGAAAAGCAAAAUUCGGACUCUGAUUCCAUCUCUUUUACUUCUGGAGCGAUUCUUGGACUUUCAGAUCCAAAUGCAGGCCUUCUGACCCCUCCCUACAGCCCCGUUGCCAAGCAUUGCAACAUCCCGCGGCAUUCUGAACCGCCGUUGAAGCGAGAGGUUCUGGUCUGCUCAUCUACAUCAGUCACGACUCUGGACACCACUGUUCCCCAACAGAGCGGUUCCAAACCAAAACUCAACCAAGCUCAAAGUCUUCCGUCAGAUGAAAUAGAGAUCCUGUGUGCGGGUGAUGCCGAAGAGCCUCACCACCGUCCCGCAAUGCCAGCCGGGCUGCCGGAAAGACGUGGCAACGUGGCUGACCCGUUGCAUGAUGGGACAGAUAAGCGCGGACUGGGGCACAGCAGGACGCUUCCAGACCGUGUGGUCGCCCCGCUGCUGGCAGGGGGGCCGGAGAUGAAGCUGUGGGGGGCAGACGUGGGUGUGGAGGGAAAGGAGAAAGAGCGCAAUUCGCUGUUUUCACCGCGGAAAAGCAGGAAGAGUCUGAAUGCAGCGUCGGAGACGCAGCGGGAGCCGGGCAAGCAGAAGUCUCUCUGGAAAGCUGUCAUUUCGGUGUAUAAGAAGGAUAAGAAGAGGAAGGAGGAGACGAUGCCGGCCGCAGCUGCUAACACUGAGAGCAAGAGGAAAGUACCGGGCAGAACCGCAGAUUUGUGCUUCAGGAAGAAUCCAAGUUUCUCGGAGGACACAGAUUUGUCAUGCAGUGCUGUUUUAGAGAGAUGUCCACUCAGAGCUCAGAAAACACAAACAGAGGAGGAACUCAAUGCCAAACUGACCCGCCGGGUUCAGAGAGCGGCGCGGAGACAAGCCAAGCAGGAGGAGCUGCGGAGACUCCACAGAGCGCAGAUAAUCCAGCGUCAGUUGGAGCAGGUGGAGGUGAAGCAAAGGCAGCUGGAAGAGAGGGGCGUGGCCGUAGAGAAAGCCUUGAGGGGGGAAGCAGCCGAGCCCUUUCUGGGUUCUCCACGUAGAAGACCCGUCUAUCUGUGUCCAUGCUGUUCUUCAGAAGCCAAAGCUAAAGGGACAGAACACGAUCACUCCGUGUAUGUCUGUACGGUCUUUUUUCUUUAUGUGGUGCAGGAACCUCCACUGCACCAGCUACGGAUGGGGAAGAAGGAUGACCCCAGCCUGAUGCAUCAGUGGCUUAAGCUGGUUCAGGAGAAGAACGCUCUUGUGCGCUAUGAAUCUGAGCUCAUGAUAUUUGCACGUGAGCUGGAGCUGGAGGACAGACAGAGUCGUCUGCAGCAGGACCUCAGAGAGCGCAUGGCAGUGGACGAUCAUCUUAAAGGAGAGGAAGAGCUGGCCGAGGAGAGGCGUAUCUUGAGCGAGAUGCUGGACGUCGUGGAGCAGCGGGAUGCCCUGGUGGCUUUGCUGGAAGAGCAGAGAGUUCGCGAGAGAGAGGAGGACAGCGAUCUGGAAGCGGCGAUGCUGUCCAAAGGCUUCAGUCUGCACUGGGACUGAAUCUUACAUGCAUCUGCAUGAUAUAGGUGUCAAAAAUAUGCAGCUGCUGUUUUCAUUGGUCCAAAACUGACCGGUUUCAUGCACUCUAAACAUGGCUGGGUUAAAAACAACCCAAUUGGCAACCCAGCGCUGGGUAAAUAUUGGACAGAACACAUGCUGGGUUAUUGAAAAAACCCCAAAUGUAGUCAUUUUAACUAUUCAUGUGUUUAAUUCUGGGUUAUUCUUGCUGGGUUAUUCUUAAUUUCUCCUGUGCUUCAUUGUCAAUCAAGACAAUUGACAUUUAUUUAAAACAUUUUUUUUUUGACUGUAAAAAUAAUUGUUAAUAAAAAUUUAAACUUUUACAGUCAGUAGCAGCAAUAUUUAUAGAUUUGCUUAAAAGAAAAUUGUUAAAUUAUAAUAAAUAAAAAUGUUUCAUAUCAAACAUUAACAAGCAUUAUAAAUAACAUGUUAAUAAAUAACAUUAUAAAUAACUAAUAAACAUUUUCCACAAUAUGUAGCAACAAAUGACAAUUAAUAAAAAUAACUAAAUAAAUAAAAAUAUGGCUAAUAUCAAACACUAGCAGUAUAGAUAACACAAAUGAAUAAAAUUCUGCACAAUUACAUGUUGCAACAGACCUAUGUCACAUAUCAAUUAGAACAAUUAUCAGUGAAUUAAUAAAAUCAUUCAUGAAUCAGUCAAAUUUGAAUUCUGAAUCAGUAAAAACAUUAAUGUGUAAAUGUAUACUUUCACUGUAUUUAAAUUAAACGAAUACAGAUAUUAACAAAAACAUCAAGGAAAAAAUAAAAGUUAAGUUAUUCCUCAGCAAGCAAAGAGCAGCGAAGAAAUCGAAUAGCAGAUGAUUCAUUCCCCUUCAUUUGAAAAACAACAGUCUGGAGAAAUUCCCAGGUAGAAGCGCAUUGCCUGGGAAAGUUAACAUCAAAACACAUAAAAUGCGUUGAAACAUACAUCAACAGCUGAAAGCAGCGUGGUUUGUUCCAGAACUUGUCCAUUCAAAAUGACAAAAGCCUGAGAUAUAUGCCGGAUGUUUCCCAUGGCGGAACAAAAUGAAAGGGCUUCGUUAAUUCUGUCCGGUGAAGAAAUUCCACCACGUUUGGUCCAAUCUAUAAAGAAGAAAACCAAAUGAUAAAAUAACAAUACUCCGAUACACUUAGCACUGUGUCUUGACAUCAGGUAUAUAUGCAAGUAAUUGAAAUGUUUGGUUUAAAACGGAGGGAGCAAUAUAAUUGACUGGCCGCUUAAUGUCCAGAGUGGACUCCGAGAGAGGCGUUCCUGAACCGGGAAUGCUGGACCGCGCUCGCGGGGCACUCGCCGGUUUGACUCACUUUUAGUUCAAUUCUCAAUAAAGUUCAUAGACUUAGCUUACAUGUAAUGGGGUUAACUAAAAUUGUAUUAAUUCGCAGUGUCGCGCAUCUUAACAGGACUAUGCGAGUCAAUUUAUGUAAUGGCGAUCUGAGGUAACAGUUGCUGGUCAUCUAAGUUACAUCACUAAUGUUAGUUAAGACACUGUUGCCUUGCAAAAUGUUACAAAUUCUGCUCAUUUCAAUAAAUAUUUACUUAAAACGUAAAACACGUACCUUUAAAUUGCUCCAACCAGUGGCUUUGCCCCAUUGUUCUUUAUAAAAAUGAAAGUUGCGUAGUACACUCAACGUCUUCAGGGCGGGAAGCGCGUGAGCCUCUUCAAACAACCCAGCGGUGGGCAAAAACAACCCAGCGGGUUUAACCCAACACCUGGAAAACUAAAACUACCCAAAAAGUGUUUAACAUGUGGAAAAAUAACCCAAAAAAACAACCCAACGGACUCAACCCAGCGUUAUAGGUUAAAAAAUAACCCAGCCAUUUUUAGAGUGUGUGCACUCUGGGCCGUUUGCGACACGGUACUUACAUGCUUUGCUGUCUUAAUGAUAUAUCCCAGAACUCUCAACUAGUUAAGGUGCAGAAUAAAGCUCUUUGGAGGUAAGUGAAGAAGUCUUGCUGCCAAAAAAUGCUAUGCUACUAUGCAAACGAACAUCAUUCUUUAUAUGAUUUUACUUGGUUUUUGUUUUCAUCUGUUGACAGAAUGUGGAAGCAUAUACAACCAUAUUGACAAUGUACAGUCAUUUCAAUUCAGACUUAUGCAUGUAAAAAUUAAACAAAACAUAUGGCCUGUCCUAAUGUAUUAUUGAUGAAACUGUUUUUUAUUGUUUACCAUGCAAACUAACUCCACACACAGUUGACCAUUCUUAAUACGAAGACAAUGACCGUAUUGACUAAAACGUGUUUUUAAAUUCAUUUGAAUAUCACGAGGUUCGCUUUACACUAUGCAUUUCAUGCUGUAACACUUGCAAUAAACUUUAUAUUUAAGCAAAAUGUGUUGUACAGUUUUACUUGUGCUCUUUUAGCACUUGAAUAAGUGACGUGCCAUGGGUCCCACGAAACGCACAUACUGAGAAAACGUGUAGAUUAAAUGCACUGUAACUUGCUUCGGAUAAAAGCAUCUGGCAAAUGUUUAGAUGUUAUGUAAAUCCUCUGAAUCCAGCACAUUUGCCUCCACAUUCACACGAAUUAAAGAAAUCGCCAUAAAUGGAUUGCAGGUCAACGCGCGCCCUCUACAGGACAAUAUUUGUAACGGCGCUAUGAAUUCCCAGCAGUGACCGUAAAGGGGUUUAAGUCACGCCUCUCCAUCUCUCCUGCUCGGUUUCCGUUCGUGGGAAAAGUUUUCGAUCGUUCCCAAACCCAAACUUUUAUCCCCUUGAUCACAAUGAAAGCAAAAUUCCCUUCAGCGAAUGUUUCCAUGCGUUUAGGAUCUGCCACUCACUGUUAAGGAGCGCACGAAAGUGAAGACGGUUUCCUUCGGAAAGAAGACAGCAUUGCUGUGAUCGGAAGUCAUAAACAUCAGUAGCACUGCCAAUAAGAGUUUGAGAAGUUGAAGAUGGCGCGUGGAUGUCUGUGUUGUGUCAAAUACAUGAUGUUCCUGUUCAACCUGCUGUUCUGGUCCGUUAUCCCCAAACCCAUCUCUCUGCUUGAGACGACUUCAGCUGUACCGAUUCGCUGCCGUCACCGUCUGCCUGCUGCCAGACAAAAAUGGU